GCAGAGUUAGGUGAAGAGUUCCUUGCAACAAAAGUGCCUGUCAGAGUUUAUAAGGUGACAUCCACGGAGUCAAUGACAAAAAUAAAUCAUUAGCGAAGGAAAAUGGAAGUGAGAAUUUUUUUCUACAUAUUUGUGGUUUUAAUGGGAUAUGACUUGACACUUGCAGAUAUGACUAAAAUGAUAUUUUUACCUGAUGCGGAGGAACAACCUCCACCUAGCUGUCCCCCAAACGAGAUGUUCAGGAAUUGCUUGGGCAAUUGCUCGAAUUGUGAAGAGAGAGGGUUCUGUUCCUAUACUACAUGCUCUCAAAGUGGCUGCGACUGCUGGCCACGAUUCUUUCGUCUGACGCCGGGAGGACCUUGCGAACCGGUUGGAAAAUGCCCAAAAAAGGAAUGUCCGGAGAACGAAGUAUUUCGAGAAUGUGGCCCACUCUGCGAGCGUUGCGGUCUUUUCGGCUGCAGACUCAUCCAGUGCAAUCAUCAGUGUUACUGCAAAGAAGGGUACAAGCGAGACUUUUUUGGAGACUGUGUACCAGAAGACGAAUGUCCUCAAAGACAUCACUGUUCAAAGGGUGAAGAAGCGGCCGACAGCGGUCCAGUCGAUGAGUUCUGUUUAGAAGAUCCACUUCAUCCACGCACCACUGAGAUUCAAAACGUCAGAAAAUGUUAUUGCCAAGAAGGAUACAAAAGAAAUGCUUUGGGACAUUGUAUUGAGGAAAGACUAUGCGCUUACGUAUCCUGUAUCGGCAAUGAAGUCUACAUGAACUGUGUACCCGCAUGCAACACAACCUGCCGUAACUAUGGAGACCCAGACUGCAAGGAGGAUGGACAAUGCUAUCCAGGAUGCUUCUGCCCCCCUGGAUAUGUCAUGAAUGAUUAUCACGUCUGUAUACCUGUUGAAAACUGUGCAACGGAAAAUGACCGUCUACCUUUCUUUGACACACACGAAGAACGAAAAUCCGAAACAAGUAGCCAGACUACAGCAGCUGCAGAAUCACAAACUGCCAUUCCACCUGAAGAGAAAACUGAGUCCAAUUCUCAGACUCAAGCUGAAGCUCAAUCCGAAGGACAGUCUGAAACUCAAACUGGUAGUCCAUCUGAAACGCAAGUUGAAAGUCAGUCUGAAACUCAAGAGACAGAACAAUCUGAAUACCAAACUGAAGAUGAACCUAAUUCUCAAGGAGAACAAGAAACACAAGCUGAGAAACCUCCAGAGAUACAAGAUGCAGAUGAACCUGCAGAAGCAGCUGUAGGUGAAUCUCAGCUGCAAGAAGACACUCAGACUGAUUCUGAGACAGCAGAGGAAUCUCAAUCGGAACCAGUUUCCGACGAAGCAGAUACAGAGGCCUAUUCUCAAAGUGAAAGUAAUUCUGAAUCGAAAACUGCAUCUGAAAACGAAGGUGAUGGUUCGAUAGCAAAAGAGGAGACAGAAGAAGAAGCACCAGUAGAUGAAGGUAAUGAAAAACAGCCUGAUGCUGCUGAAGAACCAGCGACAGAUGAAGUUGAUGAACCAGAAACUACAACGACGACAAAACGCCCAAAGCAAUCAAGAAGACGGAGUAAUUCAGGAAGUAGAUCUUACAAAACUUCUAAAGGCAGGAAGCAAUUUCAUGAAGAAAAUAAUGAAUAGUAAAAAAAAAAAAAAAAACCCAGCGCCAUUUUCUUCCUUUUUCUCUUGAACUUACUUGGGAAGUUACACUGGUAGAAAAUAUACAUUUUAAAUAUUAGGUGUAUUAGAUAUACCUUUAUUUCACAUUAUUUUUAACGCCGUAGAAAAAAUGAGGUAAGAAGUUUUAUGAACUUAUUUAAUGCAAAUCAAAAUUUUUGAUUUUGAAUCGUUCUUAACAAAAUUGACAAUCGUAUUGUUGUAAAAUCAAAGUUGAAAUAAAUAGCGUGCUCUGUAAAUAAAUGUUCUCCCAUGUUAAUAUUGUAAAAAAGUAAAUGACAUUUUGUAGCACAUUCUUACUUUUAUGUUACCGACUGAAAAGUUGACAAUAACUGUUUCGGGCGAAACGAAUUAAUAAAUUCAUUUUAAGAAAA